AUGCCCAAACUAAACACCAGCCUGGUAACCGACUUCCUCUUCGAAGGAUUUUCCAGCUUUGGGUGGCAACACAGGCUUAUCUUCUUUGUUGUCUUUCUGAGUCUGUACCUGCUGACUCUCUCUGGCAAUGUGAUCAUUGUGACCAUUAUUCGCCUGGACCGUCACCUCCAUACCCCCAUGUACUUCUUCCUGUGUGUAUUGUCCAUCUCCGACACCUGUUAUACAGUGACCAUUGUUCCACGGAUGCUUUCUGACCUUCUCAGUCCACAUCAUACAAUUACCUUUCAAGAAUGUGUCACUCAGCUGUUCUUCUAUCUCACCUUUGGCAUCAACAACUGCUUCCUGCUCAUGGUCAUGGGGUAUGACCGCUAUGUAGCCAUCUGCAAUCCCUUACGUUAUUCAGUCAUCGUGGAUAAGAGGACCUGUGUCCAGUUGGCAUGUGGUUCACUGGGAAUUGGCCUGGGCAUGGCCAUUGUCCAGGUAACAUCUGUAUUUUCUCUGCCCUUCUGUGAUGCCUUUGUCAUCCCCCACUUCUUCUGUGAUGUAAGACCCUUGCUGAAGCUGGCUUGCACAGAUACUGCUGUGAAUGAGGUCAUCAACUUCGUGGUCAGUGUCUGUGUGCUUAUACUGCCAAUGGUUGUGGUCUUCAUUUCCUAUGUCAUCAUCAUCUCCACCAUUCUCAAAAUUGCUUCAGCUGAGGGUCGGAAGAAGGCCUUUGCCACCUGUGCCUCUCACCUCACCGUGGUCAUCAUUCAUUAUGGUUGCACCUCUAUCAUUUACAUGAAACCUAAGUCCCAGAGUCUCCUGGGACAGGACAGACUCAUCUCUGUGACCUACACUCAUCACUCCCUUGCUGAACCCUCUUGUGUACAGCUUGAGGAACAAAGAGGUCAAAGAUGCUCUCUGCAGAGCCGUGGGGCAAAAACUUCCCUUCACAGCAUAGAUUGUAAAGGCCUUUGGUGUUUUUAA